UUUUUGAGACGUGAGCAGCAGCACUUCAUAUUAUACAGAAAAGAAAACAGGGCGUAGACUUUUGUACUUUGGGGUAUUCUUGUGUUUAUGUGUUAUCUUAGUCCUGUUUUUUUCUGACGAUGAUGAACUAAGCUCUUUAGAAAACGGAGAAGAACAUGGGAGCUCACUCUGUUUUUCUCAUCCUUUUUGGCGUCAUUGCCAUUGCCAUUGUUGUUCAUGGCCAAGGCCAAGCAGGCUUCAUCAGCAUAGAUUGUGGAUCACCCCCUAACAUAAACUACGUAGACACUGACACUGGUAUCAGCUACACGUGGGACGCACCUUACAUCAACUCUGGAGUCAACGCAAACGUGUCCGAACAAUACGGUUACCCGGCCAACCCGGUUCUUCCGUUCCCGCUUGCAGACGUCAGAUCAUUCCCUCAAGGAAACAGAAACUGCUACACCUUAACACCUUCCGAUGGAAAAGGGAACCUCUACCUCAUCAGAGCUUCCUUCAUGUACGGAAACUACGACGGUAAAAAAGCUUUACCUGAGUUUGACCUCUACGUAAACGUUAACUUCUGGUCCACGGUAACGUUCAGAAACGCUUCUGAGAACGUCAUCAAAGAGAUACUAACAUUCGCGGAGUCAGACACAGUAUACGUCUGCCUUGUGAACAAAGGCAAAGGAACUCCUUUCAUAUCAGCCUUGGAGCUAAGGCCAAUGAACAGCUCGAUCUACGGCACUGAGUUUGGAAGGAACGUGUCCUUGGUGCUCUAUCAAAGAUACGACACAGGGUUUGUAAACGGAACAGGACGGUACCAAAAGGAUGUGUAUGAUCGUAUUUGGUCUCCCUACUCUCAACCCUCUUGGAACACAACCACGACGAGCGGCUAUAUCGAUAUUUUUCAGUCUGGUUAUAAGCCACCAGAUGAAGUUAUUAAGACAGCUGCUUACCCUAAAAGCGACGACGAACCAUUGGAGUUGUCGUGGACAUCUGAUGAUCCAGACGCUAGGUUCUAUGCUUACCUCUACUUUGCAGAACUCGAGAGUCUCAAGAGGGAUGAGAGCAGAAAAAUCAAGAUUAUGUGGAACGGUUCGCCUGUUUCAGGAGCUUUCAACCCUUCUCCUGAGUAUUCAAUGACAUUGUCUAACUCGCGAGCUUUCACCGGUAAAGAUCACUGGAUCUCCGUCCAGAAGGCAUCGGAUUCAACACUUCCACCUAUACUUAAUGCUAUUGAGAUCUUUACAGCACAAUCUCUUGAUGAGCUUCCCACCAUAGCUGAAGAAGUUUACGCGAUGGAAGGCAUAAGAUCAACGUAUAAAGUGCAAAAGGCUUGGACUGGUGAUCCUUGCUCCCCAAGACUAUUCCCUUGGGAAGGUGUUGGAUGCAUCUACAACGAUUCUAACCAUCAUAUCAAGUCCUUGAAUCUUAGCUCAAGCGGAUUACACGGACCAAUAGCCUUGUCAUUUAGAAAUCUAUCACAUCUCGAGUCAUUGGAUUUAUCUAACAACAACCUAAGAGGAUUUGUGCCAGAGUUUUUGGCUGAUCUAAAACAGUUGAAGUACCUAAAUUUGAAAGGAAAUAAGUUUGUUGGGUUUAUCCCAAAAGCUCUUAGGAAACAAUCAAAGGCUGGUGGACUUGCACUCAUUGUGGAUGAACAAAACAUUUGUCACUCACGUUCAUGUCGGGAUGGGAACAACAUCAUUGUGCCAAUAGUUGUAUCCACGUUACUGAUCCUUCUCAUUGCUGCCUUGGUUAUCAUAUGCAUUAUUCGAAGGGAAAGAAGAAUAGGAGCCUAUUCAGGACCGCUCCUGCCUUCAGGGAAGAGAAGGUUCACUUACAGCGAAGUCUCUAGCAUUACAAACAACUUCGAUAAAGUGAUCGGUAAAGGAGGGUUUGGUAUAGUCUACCUUGGCUCCCUCGAGGAUGGGACUGAAAUUGCCGUGAAGAUGAUCAAUGAUUCUUCAUUUGGAAAAACUAGAGGAUCAUCUUCAUCAUCAUCUCAAGUUUCCAAAGAGUUCCAAGUUGAGGCAGAGCUUCUUUUGACAGUACAUCACAGGAACUUAGCCUCUUUUGUUGGAUAUUGCGAUGAUGGUCGCGGUAUGGCUCUCAUCUAUGAGUACAUGGCCAACGGCAACUUGCAAGACUAUCUUUCAAGCGAGAAUGCUGAGGAUCUUAGCUGGGAGAAGCGACUCCAUAUAGCCAUAGACUCUGCGCAAGGAUUGGAGUAUUUGCAUCAUGGAUGCAGACCACCAAUAGUACACAGAGAUGUUAAAACAGCAAACAUUCUAUUAAACGAUAACUUGGAAGCCAAGAUUGCUGAUUUUGGUCUUUCUAAAGUCUUCCCUGAGGACGAUCUUAGCCACGUUGUGACUGCAGUCAUGGGCACUCCCGGCUACGUUGAUCCAGAGUACUACAACACGUUUAAGCUAAACGAGAAGAGCGACGUGUACAGUUUCGGAAUCGUCCUUCUUGAGAUCAUAACCGGCCAGAGAUCAAUCAUGAAAACCGACGACGGUGACAAGAUGAACGUUGUCCACUACGUUGAGCCUUUCCUCGAAAUUGGAGACAUAGACGGUGUUGUGGACGCACGGCUUCACGGUGACUUCUCCUCAAACUCGGCUUGGAAGUUCGUAGAGAUCGCAAUGAGUUGCGUCAAAGACAGAGGAGUACACAGACCAACGAUGAACCAGAUUGUGUCUGAUCUGAAACAGUGCUUAGCCGCCGAGCUAGCUCGUGAGCCACAGAGCCUGCUUGAGAAGGAAGAGAAGAACAGGAAGACUACUCCGGUUCGAAAUUAUAGCAUCAGUGACUAUAUUAGCUCGUCGGGGUCGGUUUCGCUUACUUUUGGAGAUAACAACACGUAUGGACCAACGGCAAGGUAGUGAGAGAAAUAAAUCAAGGUUUGGUUGAUCUUAUUUGAUGGUCUUAUCUUUAAAUGAUUUUAUGUUUUAUUUUUGAUGUGUUCUUUAAUUUGUUUGAGUUAAAAUUUGAUUUUGAAGGUUCAUUUGUUUUUUUUCUUUUAUGAAACUUCACAAAACAUUAAUUGUAAGAACAGUUUGUAAAUGUUUUUGUGAUGAAGCGAAUUGUUGAUUUAGUUAUGUUUGAAUACUAUAAUAUUUUAUCGGUUGAUUUAGUUGGCCUUUUUGAAAGGGACUUAAUGUUGCGCAUAGCGGGAUCAUCAGUUACCAGAUUACUAAGUAGCUGACUGAGUCAAACUUGAAUCAAAUUUUUUUAUAUAACUAUAGUUUUGUUUCUAGAGAGAUUUGAAUAUUGAAAAAAGCGUUUUUAAACAUUUACAGAUUUCGUCUACCAUUUGAUCAUAACCAUACGGGUAUGUCUUGUUCAUUCCACUAGUAAAGUUUUCGAUUGUAAAAGCAAUAUAGGCAUAAUAUUUAACUGGAGUUGGAUAAACUUAGAUCAACUUGUAAUUUGUUCGGUUGUUUUCCAAUAGCCAAGUCGACCCCGUUUCAGUAUUUUGUUUGCUCCAAUUAUACAUUUACGUUUCUAUAUCAUAAUAGUCUCUCAUAACAAAAAUAAUGAAGAUAUGCAAUGUACAUAGAUUUUUUUUUUUUCCAACAAAAAGUAAAUUGAACUAGACAGAUUUUGGAGACAAGAGUCAUCUCGAGAAAACUGAAUCAACAUAAACCAUAGUAGAAGGCUGAUUUCUAGCACCUCAUACUAGUUUGUUCACCAUUGUGUUUUGUGCCUUUGGAAUGUGUUGAAUAGUGAAGAUGGAGAGGUAUUUUACAUCGUAAAAACUCUUCCAUGUAUGUAGUGAAAACAUACCACUCUGUUGGUGUAGAUAUCAUCUUUACUAAUUAUGAACAGUUUAUUGCACACACCACCUCUGAAAUACGUAGGGUCUUCAUGAACUCUAUCGUCCAUAUCAAAAAUUCACAUUCUGCAUGUAAAAGUGAUAGACUCUUGCGAAUUCUUGCGAAUAGACAUAUGCAAUGUACAUAGAUUUGUCAAAAAAAAAAAUUGAUUUAAAUAUUUAUAGAGGUAGAUGUUUAAAUAAAUGCUUUAUAAUUUGUUUUUCUUUUUGACAUUAAAGUCGAGAUUGUGGGCUAAUUGCCCUACACAAAUCUAUUAAUUCGCUGAUUACAGAUUUGGCCGGUUCCCCAUAUAAACAUUUCAUUUUUCAUUUAAUUAUAUGUAUGUUACUUAAAAAAUGUUAAUUGUGAUACCUAACAUUGGACUCAUAUGUCGUUUUCAACAUUAGUAAAGAGUAUAUCACAAAUUUUUCAUUCUGAAUCUGUAUUUUGCCUUAGUAUUCCAAAGGUCAAAAUACCAAAUAUGUUACUAAUUGUGAUUACUCGUUUUCUUAAACAUUGCACGUUACUAACUUUUACUAUUCAACAAAACAAUUCAAGUUUUAUAAUUUACGGCAUUACCAAAAGAAUCACCGACUCCUAUUAUAUCAAACUCAGUCUUGCAUCCUUCCUUUUUUGGUUUUUGUCUAAUUAGUUUUUUUUUUUUUAUCAUAGUGCUGAUUUGGUCAGUCUUUUCUUAGUGAUAUUGGACGAAUUGUAUUGGUCAAUGUCAUUUUCUUAUCUAUGUUAUACCUAAAUGGUAUUGGUUGUAUUGGAUAAUGUCAGAUCGAAUGAUUUUCCCAAGCACUACUUUACAAUUGUUGAAUCAGUUAAAUCGUUACUAAUUACACAUUCAAGCUUUUAAACUCAGUCAAAUUUAACUCAUGAAACGAUAUGUUUCAACGUUGAACAGUUCGUGUUUCAGCACAAAAAAAACUAUUUUCAUUAUUCAUUAAUAGCAAAAUUAUUUAUACUGGAUUAAGAAAAAUAAGUGUAAAAGUGGUCUUUUUUAUCUAAAUAAA